AUGAAACCCCUAGCCUUGAGUCUCAUUCGCGAGUUCCAAGAGAUCCUGGCUGUUCACAACUUCCACGGCUUGGAAGUGCACCUUCUUCGCCCUAAGGUUGUGGGCACAAGCCUGAACGGUGCUGCACCAGUAAUCUCUUCUGGGAAGCAACUCAGCUCUGUUCUGACCUUGGACUUCGGGAAGGCUGUAUAG